GUAUUCAUUGCUUCCUUCCUUUACAAAGUCUAUACGCAAGCCAAUCCGCAGCCUCGGCGAAAUUUACGCACAGGAAUAUCACUGACGUGUCCCAAAAAGAACUACUUCUACGACUCAUGAUUAGUCUCGAUCCCUGUAAAAUUGCAGAAAGUUGAUCAGUCAUCGCGUAUCCGAACGUUUCAAGUGUUGUGUUACGAGUGAGGAAGAGAUAAAGAAGCCAUGGCAGCGACGUUAAACACCUUUGUAAAUUCCUUCAGUAACAGACUGGAAGCACCAGUGAGACAGCAUUUAAAAAAUGUUUAUGGUUGUUUGGCAUUGACGACUGUGUCCGCAGCUGUGGGAGCUUGUGUACAUUUGUACACAGACUUACUGCAAUCAAGCUUGCUUACGACCCUAGGAGCUCUAGGAGUUCUAAUGGCACUGGUGUCCACCCCAGACAACGGUAAAAAUCAUGGACUGCGCCUGUCAUAUCUCUUGGGAUUCACAUUCCUAUCUGGUCUUGGACUGGGUCCUUUGCUGAAAAUAGUCAUCAGCAUUGACCCUAGCAUCAUCGUGACGGCUUUGAUGGGAACUGCCGUUGUCUUUGUCUCCUUUAGCAUUUGUGCCCUUUUGGCUGAACGAGGUCAAUGGCUAUACUUGGGUGGCACCCUGAUCAGCAUGUUAAACAUGAUGUUGCUGUUCUCACUUGCCAAUCUGUUUUUGCGUUCAACCUUGAUUUACCAGGCACACAUGUACCUUGGACUGUUUAUGAUGUGUGGAUUUAUCAUUUACGACACACAGCUGAUUAUUGAAAAAGUCCAUAUGGGCAAUAAGGACUUUAUCAGUCACUCUCUUGAUCUCUUCAUAGAUUUCAUUGGAGUGUUCCGUCAUCUUCUUAUUGUUCUCACUCAGAAGGAGCAAAAUCGUAAACGUAAAGAUUAAGAAGAGAAUGAAGAGGGGAUUGCGUCGUCACAGCAUUUGAAUAAAUUCAUAAACUAGAGGUCUUCAUCUAUCCUAUCCAUACAUAGCUAUGCAUAUAUAGAUACAUAUGUCUAUUCUAUUGAUUCAUGAAAGAAAAACAUAAUAUGAAACUAUAUUUACUACAAUAAAACUUACUGAUAAUAGAGGUUACAAUGGAUAUUAAGGUUAAGAACAAAAAAAAUUCAUUCGAAAAGAA